AUGGCAAAAGUAAAGGGCAAAAAGGGUCCUUCAGGAGGGGUUAAUAGCCACAUACGCUCGCGACUAAACUAUUUGCACGCUGCCGCUACCUAUCUACAGUCGAGGGAAGUGCCUUCGAAACAAUCUUCUAGCGAAGGCCAUAAUGAGAGCAUCAAUGCUCAUGAAAAAGAGUCGGCUCCGAGUGCAGCGCAUAUAGUUCCCCAAGUGAUAGACAGUGACGAUGCUGUGGCUGAGGGGAAGAGGCCCUCUGCCUUUGAAACCCCAACAGCUGCAGUCCUUAUCCCGCAGCUCUCCCGAGGACUUAUCUCGCAGAUGCGAGGGGUUUCGUUGAAAUCUCAGCUCCGACUACCUGUUGAAGUGAAGAGAUCGUUCUGUAAACGCUGUGAUUCGCUUUUGAUUCGCAACGUCAAUUGCAUGCAGGAAGUCAGAAAUGCGAGCCGUGGCGGCAAAAAGCCAUGGGCUGAUGUCCUGAUCGUGCGUUGCAAUACAUGUGGAACGGAGAAGCGCUUUCAUCAAACAGAGAAACGAAGCAAAAAAUUAUCCGAACGUCGAAAUAUGCAAAAGCAAAAGGAAGAAACAACUUCGGCUGUAUGA